AUGCGAUGUACCGCAGACAAUAUAUUUCUUCUAUUUGGAUUUUAUCCUGCUAGUCGUGAGGUAGCAACUGUAAUGUCGUUUAGUACUGUACAAGGUAUCUAUGUUUAUUUUUCAAGGUCAAAUCUUCAAUGGAAAAGACUAAACACUGCUCUAGGUGUAUCAGUGAAGUCAGAAUCAGAAACUCAUUGGAGUGCCAAAGUAGGAGGUGCUAAACCGGUACAUGAUCAACUCAAAAACUUAGUAGAACUAUUUGGAAAUAUUGCAAUGGAUCAGGAUGAAAAUGCAGGUUUCUUCUUUUUUUUUUUUUUUUUUUUUUUUAGUGAACUUGAACAUAGUUUCAUUAAAGAAAGAAUAAAUAAUGCAGAGAAGCAUAUUUUAGAUAUCAACUCUAAAAUAUCUGCGUAUGUAAAAAAAAUUGCUCAUGUGAGAGACAGUGGUGAUGACCUUGCAAAAUGCAUUCUGCAUUUUGCAUCAGCAGAAAAUUUGAAUCAUACCUUACGAACAGCACUUGGUCAGUUUUCAGAUAUUUUAUCUUCUGUCCAAGAAUAUAGAGACACUGAAAUACAAAGGACUGAAAUGAAAGUGAUUUUUGAGUUGUCAAACUACAGCAGUAUUUGUAAACAAGCUAAGAAAGAUCUCAAGGAAAGUUUUGAAGCACGUGCCAAAGAAUUAAGUAAAAAGAAUCAUUUAGAAAAGACACGAGGAAAAAAUCCAUCCAACUGGCAAAAAAUUGCACAGGUAUGUGUUUGGGAUGUUAUCUGAAUGUAAAAGAAAUUGUUCUGCUUUAUAUUUGAGAUAAGUAUACUCAGAAAGUGUAAAUUCAUUAUUAAUACUUGCAUAUAUAGAUUUUGUUGUUGAGAGUGAAAUUAAAUAUAUUUUCUUCAAAGCUGUGCAAUAUUCUGAUCAAACAGUGUCAGAAAUGAUAUAUUCAAAAUAUAAAUGUGCAAAAUAUCACUUUGCAAAGUUUUUUU